ACUCGUUUGCAAGCUGGACAAGGAUAUGGAAAUACACUCAACUGUGUUCUCACUGUGUACAGAAAUGAGUCUGUGGCCGGCUUCUUCAAAGGCAUGUCCUUCCCGCUGGCCAGCAUCGCCGUCUACAGCUCCGUGGUGUUUGGCGUCUUCAGCAACACGCAGCGGCUCCUCAGCCAGCUCCGCCACGGAGAGCCAGCUCGCGCGCCGGCGCUCGCCGACGUGGCUCUGGCCAGCAUGGUGGCAGGGUUCAUCUCCGUGGGCAUCGGCACUCCUGUCGACCUGGUAAAGAUAAGGCUACAGAUGCAAACGCAGCCGUACAUUGAAGCAAACAUUAAACUAAAGCCCACAGUUCCUGGAUUUCCCGUGUACCGAGGCCCAAUUCACUGCUUUAGGACAGUCCUACAGAAAGAGGGGAUAGCAGGAAUAUACCGAGGUGCGGGAGCAAUGCUUCUGAGGGAUGUUCCUGGGUACUGCCUCUAUUUCAUCCCUUACACAUUUUUCUGUGGAUGGAUUACCCCUGACGGAUGCAUUUCCCCUAAUCCCUCCUCCAUCUGGCUGGCAGGGGGUAUAGCAGGAGCCAUUUCCUGGGGGACUGCUACUCCAAUGGAUGUUGUGAAAAGUCGACUUCAGGCAGAUGGAGUUUAUUUAAACAAGUACAAAGGGACCCUUGACUGUAUCUUGCAGAGCUAUCAGAACGAGGGCUUAAAAGUCUUUUUUAGGGGCAUCACGGUCAAUGCAGUGCGAGGAUUCCCAAUGAGUUCAGCCAUGUUUCUUGGCUAUGAACUUUCCCUCAAAGCAAUGAAAAGAGACCAAACUGAGACCAAUCCUUAA